GGGGCUUCCACUUUGUCCACUUGGUCUUCGCUUGCCGGCACUGCCUCAUCCCGUGCCUCUUUUUUAACGAAUAAUUAUUAAACCACCAAAUAAACAUGACUGAAAACAAGGAGAGAACCUUCAUCAUGAUCAAGCCCGAUGGUGUCCAACGGGGACUCGUUGGCCAGAUUAUCCAGCGUUUUGAACAGAAGGGUUUCAAACUGGUCGCCAUGAAAAUGGUUUGGCCUUCUGAGGAGCUUCUGCAGAAGCACUACGCCGACCUUGCCAAACGUCCGUUUUUCCCUGGCUUAGUCAAGUACAUGAGCUCUGGCCCGGUUGUUCCAAUGGUCUGGGAGGGACUCGAUGCUGUCAAGACUGGUCGUAAGAUGCUCGGUGAGACCAAUCCUAAGGACUCAGCUCCAGGUACAAUUCGUGGGGAUUUCUGCAUCCAGGUGGGCAGAAACAUCAUCCACGGAUCUGACUCUGUCGACUCCGCAAAACACGAGAUUGGGUUGUGGUUCGGUGAGGACAAGAAGAGCGAUGUUAUUGAUUGGGCUUCCUGGGCUGAGAAGUGGAUCUACGAAUAAUUACCUGAUCUUUUGUAAAGAUUAUCAUAACAUUCGCAAUUUACUGAGAAUUCAAUGAAAAUAACUUUUCCGAUA